AUGAGGUCGCCGGAUGGGGUGCACGAUGUGGACGAGAUCAGGAAGCUUCGAGAUGGCGGUACUCGAGCGAUGCCGGAGGGAGACGUCAGCAAAGCGUUGAAGGAUCGCAUUUGUCCGUUCUGUGGUAAAAACUGCAAGCCCGGAAAGCUAGGUCCGCAUCUCGACCGCUUUGUCAAUCCAAAGAAAGGACGAAAGCUGAAGUCGCCGGACGGAGUGCACGAUGUGGAAGAGAUCAGGAAACUUAGAACCGGCCCCAAUCGUGAUUGGCGGAGUGCGACCUUCCAAAACCUGGUCGAAGAAAGGUUGCCAACCCCAGUCUCGAAUCCAAAUGAGACAGCACCAAUGGCGGCCAGCCCUCGUGGUCGGCCUUGA